AUGAGCGGAAAAAAAACAGCCUUAGUUGUAGUGGCAUCAGGAUCCGAAGAUGUGGAAUAUAUUACAACGGUUGAUGUGCUAAGGAGAGCAAACAUCAGCGUGACAACAGCGUCCGUGGAAGAAACAGAAAAGGUGUGCCUGCAGUCGAAGAAUGUUGUCAUUGCGGACACGCUAAUUGACAAGGUAAAGGAUAACACCUUCGACGUAAUCGUCAUUCCAGGAGGCAUGAAAGGAUCGAACGCAAUAUCGAAUUGUCCAACCGUUAUUAAAAUGCUGAAGGAACAGAAAAGUAGUAACAGAUUUUAUGCGGCCAUAUGUGCAGCACCCGAAACUGUCCUACAUCGCCAUUCCCUAAUUGAUGACGUUGAAGCAGUAGCAUACCCAUCGUUCGAAAGCGACUUCAAGCAUAUCGGCAAGGGAAGAGUGUGCGUGUCGAAGAACUGUAUAACCUCUGUUGGCCCAGGAUCUGCUGCCGAAUUUGCCCUUAAAAUUGUCGAAAUGUUAUUAAGCAGAGAUGCAGCCCUUAACCUUGCCAGCGGUUUUUUACUUCACCCCUCUGUGACGUUUUAAUGUAACAUACCACUUUGCUGCUGAUGAUAUGGUAUAUGGAUAGAAAAGCGCGCACCCUCACCUGCAUGCCAUGAAUGUGUCUUAUUCUAAACGCGCGCAGGAAGUGUUACCAUGAAAGUGUACAUGUGCAUAUAUAUAUACAUACACUUGUGCGUGUACAUAUUCUGCCCAUGUGCAUCCCUCGAUUGGAAAAAACUGUUAAGUAACACCUUUAAACGUACCCUUUUUAAAUGGAGGAUAUUUUGAACAAAGGCUAACUUUUAC